UUCGCAGGCAAAAGCAAACCACAUGGCGAAGCCAAAAUAUCUCGGCAUGUUCCACACAGAACACAUGCAGAAGGAAUGAAAUUCCCCAUCAUUCUAUCAACGUUAGUAUUUUAUUUAUUGCGUGCAUUCUGUUUCUACCCCUUCGCCACCCUACUUCAUCACCAAUCCGCUCCCUAUCCCCCGAUUUUCCUUACACUACUUAUCAAUACUUUAUUCAUAUCCCUACGAUCAUGUCUCCCCCAAAACGCCUCGUCAUCUUCUGCGACGGAACCUGGGUCGGGCGCGAAACCGCCGUCCCCAACGCCCCUCCCAGCAACAUCCGCAAGCUCGCCAAUAUGGUCGGCACAGUCCAGUUCGCCCAACCAGAAGGCCGCGAACCCACCAUAGUGCACCCCAUCCUUACAUAUGACCCCAACGUUAUCGCCGGCUACCAGGAAGGCGUUGGUCUGAACAAAACCUUCCUCUCAUAUAUCUGGGACGGCGCAACCGCGUCCUCCAUCGGCGAAGAAUGCAUUUCGGUCUAUAAGUUUAUUGUGCAGAAUUUUACCUCCGAGCACGAUGAGAUUUGGCUGUUUGGUUUUAGUCGCGGCUCUUUUACGGUAAGGUGCGUGGGCGGCAUGAUAAAUAACUGCGGUAUCAUACGCAGAGGCCGUCUCAGCGGCGAAGAUGUGAACACGCUGUGUCGCGAGGUAUACCGCACGUACCGCAGUCCGCUGGCGGUCGACCAUCCAAAGAGCAGGAGGUGUGAGGAGUUGAGAGGCGAUCCGGAGCGCGUUUGGCCUGUUCACCGACCGAUCCGCUUCAUGGGCCUUAUCGACACAGUCGGUGCACUGGGGAUACCGCGAUUAAACGCCGGGAUCGGGCUCGAUUGGCCGGAAUUCGAGUUCCACGACCAGAACGUCUCAUCCGCGGUGAAGACUGUGUACCAUGCGCCUGCUCUGCACGACCGCCUGUGGUGUUUCCAGCCCUGUUUGAUUUUCCCGGGGGACGGCGAGUGCAGGGCCGAGGUCGUGCAGAAGUGGUUCCCCGGAUGCCACUACGAUUUGGGCAGGCAGACGUUUCGCUUCUUGAGGCAGCGGCCGUGGAAUCCGGUGGAGCGGUGGCUGGGAUUGCUGCCGGAUAAGCUGGGGAAGACGAUCUGGCCGAAUGAGGUGCUGGGGAAUUGCGUCUUGCGCUGGCUCCUGGAAGCGGUUAGGGAUAUCGACAAGCUGGAGAACGAUCUACAAAGUCCCAUAAUCCCGAACAUCGAGUCGCACAUCGACGACCUCAACGCUAGGCUCGUUUCGCCCAACUCGGCAACCCUCGGGAGCGGCGACGUCUACGGUGAUAUCCUUUCCUACGGCCCAUUAGGCCGUUUGUACAAACCAAUCAAGCGCCUGCUCAAACUGCCUUUCCUGCUGCUCGAUCAUGUCUUCCCUAGGCUAGGGGAUAAUGUGUCGGAUCUGCUGGGGGUGAAGACGGUAGUGGGGAUUCUGACGGCGACGACGGAUAGGAGAGUACCUGGGGCCGUAGAGGCGCAGGCACAGGUCUAUCCAUAUAAGAAUGAAGAGGCUGUCGCGGUUAGUGGGGUGCAGAGGAGGAUUUGUGUUGAGGAGGGCGCGGGGAUGCGCGGUGGGGAAAGAUAUAAGAGUAGAGCGUAUGAGAAUUGGGAGCUUUGGAGGGGGGUUUUUGGUGUGUAGGGUAGGUGGGUGCUUGGGCGAUGGAGCAGUGUGGAGGAUUGCGUGACGCAGAGAUGGCAUCUUUGACGACGGGGUGCUCGAAACUUGAAGGGAUAGGAGUUUCUCCUUUAGACCCAUUCUCCUCUCCCUGUUGUUUCUUGUUCAAAUUUCCUAUAGGAAUUGCGGCAUUGGCCGCAUUCCGGCUCAGCUGCCACUCAUCACAAUGUGGACUUACA